AGCCAAUUGGUUGAGUCCAGGGCCCGAGAAGGGGGGGGGGUUAUGAUUGGCUGCGCCGGGAAGGGGCGGUGCUCCGCGAGGCUGUGUUGCUAGGCGGGGUAAAAUGGCUGCGUUAGACAGGGUGAAGGUGCUGGUGCUGGGCGACUCCGGUGUUGGGAAGUCUUCACUUGUUCAUUUAUUGUGCCAAAACCAGGUGUUGGGAAACCCAUCUUGGACUGUGGGCUGCUCAGUGGAUGUCCGAAUUCACGACUACAAAGAGGGGACCCCAGAAGAGAAGACCUACUACAUCGAGUUGUGGGAUGUUGGCGGUUCAGUGGGCAGUGCUAGUAGCGUGAAAAGCACACGGGCAGUGUUUUACAACUCUGUGAAUGGCAUAAUAUUAGUGCAUGAUUUAACCAACAAGAAGUCCUCCCAGAACUUGUAUCGAUGGUCAUUAGAAGCACUUAACCGAGAUGUGGCUCCAACUGGAGUGCUCGUGACGAAUGGGGACUAUGACCGUGAACAGUUUGCAGAUAAUCAGAUUCCGCUGCUGGUGAUAGGAACCAAAUUGGACCAGAUCCCAGAGACUAAGCGCAAUGAAGUUUUGACCAGAACAGCUUUCCUGGCUGAGGAUUUCAAUGCAGAAGAGAUUAAUCUGGACUGCACCAAUCCCCGCUAUCUGGCUGCAGGCUCAUCCAAUGCUGUCAAGCUCAGCAGGUUUUUUGAUAAGGUCAUAGAGAAGAGAUACUUGUUACGAGAUGGUAAUCAGCUUGCAGCCAUAGCAUCAGUCAGAUCUCAGAAUGUGGUCAGACCAACCCAGCGUUGGUGGGAAACCUCCACAGAACACAGAGGAUGCUCUAGGAAAUGUGCUGUUGAAUCUGGUUGGUGCAGUCUGCCUUCCAAGUCAACAGCAGACUAACACCCGAGCAUAGAGCUGGGAUGCUAUGCUAUCUUUUGGUUGAGAUGUAAUAACCACAAAUGAGGUAGACAUCGGUUUUAAGGAUCCCAUAGCACUUUUGACAAAAGUUUGAUUGGUAGCCCUGGUGUGCUGCUACACUUGAACUCUAAUAAUUACAUUUUGCCUCUGUGGCUUCCCAUUGCAGUUUCAAUUGGAUAUGCUAUUCUUAACUGUUGUAUAGAGUUGCCUAGUUUCAUUCCAGAGCUGACUGCAUUUUAGUGAUGGACAAAGUGAUUCCUUUGUAUCCACUUUGUCUAUCACCAUAAGUUUGUGAAGCACUUUGAGCUGAAAGGCCCAAGUCUUAUACUUCUCCACUGAAUUGACAUUUCUGUAAGAUCUAUGGCUUUCUCAGGGCUUGUCUACACUUGAAUGCUUCAGUGGCACAGCUGCACUGUUAAAGCUGUGUGGCAGUAGCACUUCAGUGAAGAUGCUAUCUGUGUCGACAGGAGAAGUUCUUCCAUCGGCAUAGAUAAUCCAUCUCCCCAAGAAGCAGUAGCUAGGUCAAUGGGACAGUUCUCCUGUCAACUUAGUGCUGUCUACGUUAGGGGUUAGGUCGCUUUAACUGUGUCACUCAGGAAUAUGGAUUUUUCACACCCCGAGCAACAUAAUUGUACUGACCUAUUUCCUAGUGUAGACCAGGCUUCGUCUACCAUUGUAGGGUAUAACCCCAGCCGGCUGUUUUAUUGUGAAGUCUAAACUACCUUGUCCCCCACCCCCUGUUUUCAGAUAUACUGCUUUUGGCCAGUUCUGAUAUUUUUCUUGAUUGGGCAUGACCAUAUAUUUUGCUGCUGCUUUUAUACAGUAGGUUGACUGUCCGGGGUUGUUGUGACAGAGCAGUGAGAAAGGUAGCAUGUCCUGUUGGGUGAGCACCUCAGCUCUGCCCAUGUGUAGACAGAGGGGUGAGGUGACUCCUAAACCAUAAUCUCGUGGAUAGCUACAGGAGAUGCUGCCACGAGGGGCGCUACGUAGUACAGGAUAAAAGAACCAUGGACCACUUUCUGUUGUGGGAUUGUGUGUUUGUAGGCACUCUGCAGUGCAGAUCUGUUUGAAAUCCCAUUAAGCAAGGAAGCAUGUGGUGGUUUUGAAUAGACUUUCUUUGUAAGCACUGAUUCUCACCGUGUAAGCACUAUGUUCACAAGCACUAUCUGCAUAUAUGCAGCCGAAAAAUGAGUGCCGAUACCUUACUGCAGCUUUUUUCAUUCUGAUGGAUUUCACAGAGCUUCACAACUUGAUAAAGGCUGUUAGGUCAAUUACUGCAAAACAGCAGCCAUCUCUGGGGUAGAACACAGCAGCUGUUUAGUAGAGCACAGUAAUGGUGUACAACAUUUAGAAAAGGAAACAGACUCCUGUAUACAAUUGAAAUUGCAGAGGGAUUUAGUGAAGAACAAUGUAAUAAACCAAGUUGGAAUUUGGCCAGGACAAUAGUGCUCACACUGCAAGUCUUGCAUAAAGUUCCAAAAGAUCUAUAAGGCAAAUGGUCAGGACCUCACUUUUACAUUUCAUUCAAAAGAUGGCACAUCUUAGGAGCAUGCUGAAGCGCUUGGUCUGUCCUGACGCAGAAGGAAGAGUGGGAUGGGAAGGAG